AUGGCUUCGAAGGUUACCCUUCGUGAUGUCGGAAAAGUAAUUAAGUCGCUGGUCGGUGACUUCUACCAUCCGCUAUACCUAAGCAAAGAGUUUCAACAAAAGCUGGCUCCAGAAAAGUCCGAUUUGGCAGCAGUUCUCCCAAACAAGUUUUCCAAGGGUCCACCCAGAACCCACUUUAACAAUCGGAACUCCGGCCGCAAUGGUGGUGGUGGUGGUGAUGGUGGCGUCGCAGAUAGCAGUAUCCAGGAUGUGGAUCCGCCUCACAAAUUCAAGGCCAUAUCAAUAUGUCCAAAUGUGCUGAAUCUCCACGAGCCCGUCUCCUUCAUUGAUUUUUUCGAUGAACAUCCCAAGGUUAAGUAUAAAGCAGCGUCAGUUUUGAAGCACGAGAAGGACGAUGCAGAUAACAAUCCCAAUGCAUCGUCUUCUCACCUCCUUUUCUCCUUCACAAAGGAGGAAGAGGUACAGAGGUCACCAAGCUUUGACACUGCUGACAGUGCCACACCCAGAGGCAUGCAACGCAGUUCCACGAGAACUACCACUUUAAGCAUGGAGCAGAAGUAUAUCGCGGGCGAGUCAAUCCAAAUGGUCAGUUCAGGAGAGGCGCAUAGUUGGGCCGUUCGCCAACCCGAUUCCAUCCCCUCAGACGGAGAAUACGAGGUGGAAGAAGAGGUGAAGGUUAAGCGAAGUCGAUUUGCUGUAACGCACAUGGCACUCGAUAAAAUUCAGUACGGUCGUUAUCAAAAACGGCGACUAUCCUUUGAAAAAAUGAAGGAGAUUCAGGUGGCAUCGGGAAAAGGGCAGUACUAUGGAAAUCCCGCUUUCCUUGCCCGUCAACAGUUGGCCUUUCCGUCAUCCGUCACCGCUCCACUCGCAGUGGAUGAAAGGUACUCUCGUUCAUCUCCACGAAUGCUUCGAGAAACCUCAGUAGAAUCGACCUACGAGUCUCAGCACACACAACAACAGUCGAUGUCUGAGGAAGAAGAGGAUGAGGAAGAAGAGGAAGAUGAUGAAGAAGGAGGCAGAUUCGGCGGAAACUUGAAGCGUCGGUUUAUUGAGGCUCUUAGACGGAGGGCCUCCAAGGAGCAUGAAGGCGGUACGCACUUGGAGGGUUUGGUUCCCGGAAACCUGCAGACGCUGAGAGCUGUUGCAGCAUUGGCGGCUGUGGCCGGAGGAAUGGGCGGCAGCAGCACAGAUCCCGACAAAACAGCAGCAAAUGAGGAGGCUCGAAUAAAACUGAUUCAGUUUGAUAGACCAGCUCGAGAACUCCUUAUUUGGUCUGUCCUCGUUGGCAAACUGAGGAUGUCAGAGUUAUUUUGGACGAUGGAAAAGGAGCCAAUUGCGGCGGCUCUACUGGCCUCAAUUCUGCUCUCCGCUUUGAGUAACAGAACUGAUGAUUUCACAGAUAAAGAGGACUACAAAAACUACUCC